AUGGCAGCCGAUUUCAGUGGGCCUCUUCUGACCGCCUUUCGGAUCGAGUACUCAAGGUUUGAAGGUGCUAUUCGCACUGCCUUCGAGCAUGGUUCGGACACAAUCGUACUAGAACGACUCGGUGAACGACUUGAUGAAUUUAUGCAGCUCGUUCAUGAGCAUUUCCAAAUCUUUGACCCUGCCGAAUUUCAGACGAUUGUGGUCAAUCUGACUGCCAUGCAAUCAGAUUUUCUAGCUUGGGCAUACACACAACGCAGUGUUUCAAGCAUCGCUCGCUUUCUCGGUGUCCAUCGGCAUACCGUCAAGCGGUGUCUUGUCGACUAUGGCAUUGUUGCUGCCGACGACCCAGCUGACCCUAGGACAUCUAGCGAUCAAGCAACCCACAGCGAACCCACCGAAUCUGAUGAGCUUCUCGAUCCUACUCUGCCUAUCCCCUCGUCAUUCCCUAGUGAUCUACGCAACUCCCUACCACAGCCUGUGUCAACAGCACUGCGAACAGACCUCACUAAUGACGAUCUUGACCACCUCCUUAUCGUCCUACGCUCACAUUAUCAUCGUGCUGGACUAAGUGUCCUAGAUGGCAUGCUCCGUGCACUUGGGCACCGUAUCGGGCGGAAUCGCCUCCGCCAGGCCUUGCUGCGUGUCGAUCCUGUUCGUCGAGUCUUUGAGCGGAUUCGCAUACGACGCCGCGAGUAUAAGGUCGCUGGACCCAAUGCACUUUGGCAUCAUGAUGGCCAGCAUGGUAAGCAUGUUCACAACAUUCGCAUCGAGCGACUCUGGGUGGAUGUGACUGCUCAGGUCGGUGCAAAAUGGGCCGAUUACUUCACAGCACUAGAGCUUCACCAUGGCCUUGAUAUCAAUAACCCCCACCACAUCUGGCUCCUGCACCGACUUUUCCUUGACUACAUCAAUUUUGACCUCACCUUUUUUGUCAAGGCUUGGAAUGAACACAAGAUCUCCCUGCGAACUGGUCCAAGGCGAUCACCUGCUGACAUGUUUGGCUUUGACAUGCUAAUACAUGGUGUGCGAGGCGAUGCACCAGCGGACAUCAUUAAUAGUGACGAGGAACUUGAGGUGUAUGGCCUGGACUGGGAGGCUUUACAAGAGGACGACUUGCGUACAUCGCAUGCAACGAACAAUCCUCUGAGCGAAGGUUGGAGCUCAUGGCUUGGUCGAACAGGACCUCCCGAACACCUCAAUGAAGUCAACGUCGAGUCUCCACAAAUCGAAAAUCAGGAGGGCUUUCUACUUCUCGCUCUUUCACAUACCCUCCCCCCUUUACAAUACACAGGAUAUGUUACCCAAGAACAACUCAUGAAUCGCUGGGUAGUAGGACUUGCUACCUCAACAGCUUUAUUUAGAACAGACUUCAUAGGUUAA